AUGGACAUAUCAGAAUCAGAAGCUGAAUCAAUUGUUGAGUCUGAAGAUAAUGAUAGUGAGUUUGAAUUGGAUCAAACUGUACUUGAUGAUGAUCAAAUAACUGAAUUAUUAAAUGAACAUAGUGAUGCUAUUGAUAAGGAUUAUGAACAAUCAGAACUUAUAAUUAAUCAUGUUGAGUUGCAAAACUUCAGUGAUUACUCCAUAUUUUCUGCCCAUACCUUGCAAUUGACAGUAAUAGAUUAUUUAAAAGAUGAUGACAUAACUAGAGUUUUAAAUAAAGUUAGAUUUUUGACAAAACGACUUAGAAACCAAACUUACUCUUAUUUAAUAAAAAAAGAAAAGUUAAGAUUGCCAAUACUCGACUGCUUAACACGUUGGUAUUCUACAUUGGACAUGUUAGAAAGAAUAAUGUAUUUAAAAGAUUUUAUAAAAAACAUGUCAGCAAAUGACACUAAGCUUAAAAAAGUUAACCUUAAUCAUUCAGAUUGGAAAAAAGUUGAAACUAUUUCAAAAACAUUAUUGCCUGCAAAAAUAUGUACAAAGAAACUUCAAUGUGAACAACUUACAUUGACAGAUUUUUACGGCGCUUGGACAAUAUUGGACAGGGAAAAAUAUAUAAUGGGAAAUAAAGUGUUAUUAGCAGCAAUUUUUUUGGACCCUCGCUUUAAAAUAACUUUAAAUGAAGACAAAUGUAAAACUGCAAUAAAACAUCUAAUCAAGGUUUGGAUUCAUUUAAAAAAUGUCGAAUUAAAAAAUAACACACAAGAAACAAAUCCAAAUAUUGAAAACCGACAAGAAAGUUCUAACUCAUCUACAGAUUCUACUGAUGAAUUAGAAAAUUUUCUUAAAAAUAAAGAUAAACAAAAUGAUUCAGAGUCUAUUGAUUUUAAUUUAUAA